ACAGUUCAGUAUUAACGACGCAUUCGCAGCGAACCGAUCGCAGAACCGGAACCUUAAAGCGGAAGAUAUAGAACUCAUAUAGACAGUGACAUCAUGUGCAAUAGUGCGAUCAUCUGCCUGGCAAUCGUGGCCGCCGUGGCCUCCAUCUCUCAGGUUUCGGCCCAAGCCCAAACAACGCCACAAUCCUGCGCCCAAGCCACCGGCAUUAGUUUUAACCAGACCGCUUUUAGUGGUCAGUGGGUCGAGUUGGCCCGCAAUCCCGCCUCAAAUGUCUCCUGCAUUUCCCUUAACGUGGCUUUCUGGAACAACAACAAUUACAUGCUGGUCAAUGUCAGCCAUUCAAGCAAUGUCGCCUCCACUUUGGUGGACGUCUAUGAAACUGCGAAUAUCACGCUGGUGGAGAACAACCUCAGCGGAUACAAUGUCACCCUGGUGAAUGGCCAGAAGCAGGAGUACGUCUUCGUGAAGUUGCUUAGCUUUGUGAACUCCACCUAUCUGGUUGGAUGCACCUACACCAAUGCUACCAACACAUCAACCAGUGCUGGUUUUAUUCUGGGUAGGUCCACCUAUACUCCGGAAGGCGUAAGGAUUGCCAACAAUGAUGCCUCCGUGUCCUUCAGCAAUUUCCAGAACAACACCUACGGCAAUGUCACUCAGUUGGAUUGCCGUGCCAGUUCCGCCGGACAGACUGUGCCUCUGACCCUGAUAUCUGGCUUCCUUGCCUUUGCCCUUUUGCUGAUCAAGGCCUAAAAAUGGAGAUGUAUCCAAUGGCUGCUUUGCCUAGCCACCAUAAAUGAAAAAAAAAAAACUAACAAAAUCCAAUCACUUGCCUAAGUUAUUGUGUCAUACUCUUUAUUUAGUUUUUAGUUGACUUUAAACACCGCACUCUGAAAUCGAGGCAAGGCAAAAUGAUGUCAAUAAAAGUAAACCGAAAUGGGUGAGGGCCCAUAAAAAGCCCCCACUGAAAAGAAUACAAUUCGAUAAAGGCCAAGAGACAAGAUCAGGUGUCUCAAUGCUCUGGUGCAAUCAGUGCUUUAAUUUGCUGGCAACUUGUUAGAAGGUAUGCGCGAUAAGAUAAACGUAAACGAUAACAAAAUAUAUGACUGUGCCACCCCAUUCUCACUAACGGUCAUAGAUUUUCUAUUUUUUUUUCCUUGCUAAUAUCUAACGAGCAGCUCAUAAAUCAAUCAAUGGCCUCGUGUUCACAGGCACAAAUAUCCGAUACGUUUUGCCACUGAUUAAUUGAUUGCGAUUGCAAAAUCACUACGCUCCGGCGUUUAUAGUUGGCUAAUUACAACGGUUCAGGGGCAUUUUUGUUAUCGCUUGUUGAUAGGAUUUAAGUGGGUUUAUUCCAAAUGAUGUUAAAUUUGCGAUAUAAGGAAAAUUGGCUUAGUUCCGAGUAGCUUGUCACAGUUAUUUGUUUACGUUUUGUCUGGCAAAAGUAUAAUCAUACAAAAAGGCAAUAAAUCUUAAAUUGAUAAGAUGAGAUAUUACCGAAAUAUAUAUAUACAAAUAUUGAUAAGUAUGCUGAACUUGCAUAGAUAGG